GCCGGUCUCCUCCAGGUCCUCUCAGUGCUCGGGAACAUGGCGGCUCCCAUGGUGGUCCCGGGCCGGGCUCUGCUGCGGGCGGCCGCUGAGCGGCUGGUGCAAGGAGGAAUCCGGGUGCUGCUGCGGCUGCCACUCGAAGGAAGGACCCCCGGCCCAGAACGCAACUUCAGCCUCUCUCACUGUCGGAGCACGGUCAUCGUGGAGCGCUGGUGGAAGGUGCCGCUGGCCGGGGAGGGACGGAAACCGCGCUUGCACCGGCGACACCGCGUCUACAAGCUGGUGGAGGACACGAAACACCGGCCCAAAGAGAACCUAGAGCUCAUCCUCACGCAGUCAGUAGAGGAGCUUGGAGUCCGGGGUGACGUGGUUUCGGUUAAGAAAUCUGUGGGCCGUAAUCGACUGCUUCCUCAAGGACUGGCGGUAUAUGCAUCUCCUGAAAACAAGAAGUUAUUUGAAGAAGAGAAGUUGCAAAGACAAGAAGGAAAAUUAGAAAAGAUCCAGACUAAAGCAGGUGAGGCGACAGUGAAAUUUCUGAGAAGCUGUCACCUGGAGGUGGGGAUGAAGAACAAUGUCAAGUGGGAGCUAAACCCUGAAAUAGUUGCUCGCCACUUUCUCAAAAAUCUGGGUGUUGUGGUAGCCCCACAUGCAUUAAAGUUACCAGAAGAGCCCAUCACACGGUGGGGCGAGUAUUGGUGUGAGGUGACGGUAAAUGGCCUUGACACUGUAAGGGUACCCAUGUCUGUGGUGAACUUUGAGAGGCCCAAGACCAAAAGAUAUAAGCACUGGUUAGCCCAGCAAGCUGCCAACAGAAUGGCCUCCACCAGCUCCCAGACAAUGUGAACCUACCUGUUCUCCCUCAAAAGCAGCAAAGCAGAAUCUGAGGCACAGUGGAGCAAAGAUGGGCCAGCUCUGGCCGAAUAAUUGAAUUCUAGAGAGCAUGUUGGAACAUUGGACAAAACUGUAUAUUCAUGUUGAAUUCAUCAUUUUGCCAUCUUCAUCUUCUACUGUUACCACAUCUAGCCUUGUUGGGGUAAUCCUGCUCAAGAAGUACCAAGCUAUAGAUUCAAUAAGCCAAAUAUUAAUAGACUAAAACACUCCCGAUCCUAUUUCCUCUUCCUCCAUUGGAAUUCAUUGGAACAAAUGGAAGAGCUAGUUAUUAUCUUUAGUACUUGACUCAUCCUUAUCAUUGAAAGUGAACGAACAUUUAUGUCUCAAGAAGAAAUAAAGAGGUAUUCUUUUUAGGUGUUCUUUCUACUGUGCUUCAGUAGACUGGGGACAGGAUAUCCACAUGGGAUGUCCCCUUGAGCCACCAAGGUUUGCUAC